GCCAUCUCCACACACCCACAAUGGAAGCCUCAGAUGCCCGACUGUCUUUUAUUUCGACCCUAGAUCACUUUCCAUGCGACUUGGUGCGGUCGCUCUGGUUGCUCCAGCUGCUCAAUAUGAGGGUUGAAACACUCUCCACAGACCUCAAUACGUGUCUCUGCACACUACAAGCAGACCCAAGGAAUUCUGAGCAAAUAGCCAUCCACCAAAUCGUCCAGAUCAGGACUGCCAUCCAUAUGCUUAAGCAGGAAGCAGUGCACGAAGCCCGGCGGUUUCAGCGGCUUUUGACCAACCACAAGGCAGCCUUGCAACACGAUGUAUCGGAAUUCAACCUUCAGGCAGAGAUGCACAACAGACUAGCAAACGAGGAAUGGAAACGGGAGGAGCGAAAACGAUUGGUACAGUACUACAAGGAAAACCCGCGUAACCGUUCCACCGAACCUCUUGUCGUGAAACUACGCACUCCUCUCGUUAUAGCCGAAUCGGAGAAUGUGGUGAUUACCAAGCGAACCCGCGCACAGCUUCUGCCUCACAAACUAGACCGGGUGGUGACACUAGUGGAUAAUCCCGUGGAAAACGGCAAGCUUGCAAUACGGUUGCGCCUCAAGGAGGCUUCAUCUAACGGUCUGAAAUCCAAACCCGGGAGAAAAGCCAAAGAGAAAAAGGUGGAAAUCACAGCACCUGUUCCGGUAACCAAAAAGACCAAAAAGGCUGCUGUCUUUGAGAUCGAACCUGAGCUUUACUGUACAUGUCGGGAUGUCUUCUACGGAGAAAUGGUCGCCUGUGAUGACCCCAAGUGUGAGAUCGAAUGGUAUCACAACGGUUGCGUCGGGUUGACCACGCCCCCUAGAGGCAAGUGGUACUGUCCAACGUGUCUUGAAAGACGGCAAAAGACGAAGCCCCAGAAGGCAGAAAAGCCCCGGAAGGUGAAGGAACCAGAACAGAAGGAAGUGACUGUGAAAAGAGGGAAGGGCAGACCCAGAAAGUAUCCCCUCCCUGUAACUCCAGGACCAGGAAAGAACAAUAACGGGAAAAGAGUUAUGACGAACAAAGCCAACCCCCGUGUCGUCAUAAACAAGCCGCAGAUUGAUAUAACGGCUAAAAUCAUUCAGAAUACCCCGGUGAACCACGCAGAGGGUAGAGGCUCCAGAAUUCAAAAGAGAAAACAGGUAACCAAGAAGGAACAGCCACUGGAAUUUGAACCUACCUCCGAGAAACCGGAAACCGGUAGACCGAGUAAUCUUCGAGAAUGUAAGAGGGUGAAUGUGCUUGCGUUGGGGCCCGACGCGCCCAAGGCCGUCCGCGUCGCAACCAACCGCUCGCUCUACAAUCACUUUAUCGGCUCGCUUGCGAUAAAAAUCCUCCUCUUCUCAGCAUAUCAUUCCACUGAUUUUGAUGUGCACCGAAACUGGCUCUCAAUUACACACAAUUUGCCGCUUCGUGAGUGGUACCUCGAAGAAACGUCGCAGUGGACGCUUGACUACCCUCCGUUCUUCGCCUACUUUGAGUGGUUUGUCUCUCAGUUCGUCACACAGACCGUUGCCGACGACGGCUGCUUGGAUAUCGUUGCCAAGGGAACGUAUGGCUGGCCCACAAUUGUGUUCCAGCGCACAUCGGUGAUUCUCAGUGAGAUUGUGCUCUAUUGCGCGCUUCAGUGGUUUAUCAACACGGCGCCGAAUCGCCGCAACGCAAAGCAGCAGCUGUUUGUGGUAGCAUCCUCGCUCGUUUUAUCCCCCGGGUUGAUGAUUGUAGACCACAUCCAUUUCCAAUACAACGGCAUGAUGUUCGGACUCCUCAUCGCGGCCAUUACGGCGGCGCGGCUCGAACGCUACGUGCUCUGCGGUGCCUUCUUUGCGGUACUUCUCUGCUUCAAGCACAUCUUCCUCUAUCUCGCGCCGGCGUUCUUUGUGUUUCUCCUCAGGGCCUACUGUCUAGAUAUCCACUACCCCACGGGCGUCGCUUCCUUUGUCAAUCUUGUGCGCUGGCGCAACUUGUGCAAGCUUGGGGCCACCGUGCUCGGAAUCUUCACACUCGCAUUCGCACCAUUUGUGUAUUACGGCGUGAUUCCGCAGCUCCUCGCCCGCUUGUUCCCCUUCAGUCGCGGCUUGACCCACGCCUACUGGGCGCCAAACAUCUGGGCACUCUACUCGUUCGCAGACCGCGUGCUCGUCCAGAUGUGCCUCCACGUGCCGGGCGUCGCACGUACAAUCUCCAGCUACUUCCACCACGACGUGCUUGCGGCGCUCACACCCGAGGCACUUGCACAGAACACGCGUGGCUUGGUGCGUGACGUAGAGUUCCUCGUCUUACCGCAGAUCACGCCUCGGGUUACCUUCUAUUUAACGGUCUUUUACCAGGUCAUGUGUCUUCUCCCGGUCUUGUUUCAGCCCUCUUUCAACCGCUUCAUGGGCUCUAUGACGCUCUGCGCGUUUGCAUCCUUCCUCUUUGGCUGGCACGUGCACGAGAAGGCCAUCAUGUUAGUGGUCAUCCCCUUCUCCUUCUUGGUUAUCCAGGAUAAACGCCUCCUCAGCAGCUUUAACUUGCUCGUUAGUAGCGGCUUCGUGUCGCUCUUCCCGCUAAUCUACACCAGCGGCGAGUGGCUCCUUAAAUGCUUGUACACCUUUGUAUGGCUCGUCAUAUACACAUUGUCGUACGAGGAGGUAGCCAAGCUCCUGUCAUCCAUUACACGUCGCGUCUUCUUCAUGGACCGCAUGGUCAAGUGCUACAUCUUGGGACUUGUUCCGCUUGUCGCAGGCUUGGGUCUCAUGGACAUCCUCAGCGUCCGAGUCACCGCAUUACAGCGCUUCGAGUUCUUGCGCUUAAUGGUCAUGAGCAUCUACUGUGCCGUAGGGGUUGUGUGCAGCUGGAACGGCGUAAGCUGGUUGUAUUUUGUCGACGAGCCGUUGUGGGUCGAGGAAAACCCGGGGAAGCUCUGAACGAAAUACGAUAAACCCUGAAUGGACUAGUAUUCAGGCUUUCACAGAAGGAAUUGCACCAAAUAGUAUCUAGGCUGAACCAGUGUCUUUGAUAUGUAAGCUAAUAUAUGUAAGCUCAAAUGACCCCGUUGUAUAUCUAGUGGUAAGGGCGAGGGUGCCACUGGGAUUAGUGGAGCUUAAAGGGUAUAAGGGUUCGGGAAUUACAACAAUGACUGUCGAAAAUCUCAUAUGGUGAUAGUAUAAGGUCACCCGAGUUGUGCCUCAUACUUAGAGUCUGGUCCCAAGAUCAUCAGGAUUCAAAUCCUGGUUUGAUGAGUACAUU